CGCGCUGCAGGAGAGAGUGGCAGACGGAGGCGGCCCGGGGAAGCGAGUCAGAGCGGCGCCCGCUCAGCGGCGGCUGCAGUGCCCACACCACUCUGGGCCGGGAAUUCCCGGCGGCUGAAGCGUUCCGUUUUCAACCCAAUGUGGAUGAUACUGUCAGGGCUGAACCACUGAACAGAGUGUGAAAAAUCUCCAUCUUCCCUUUGGUCCUCACUUGAGACAAGAUGGAAGACUCUUAUAAAGACAGGACUUCACUGGUGAAAGGUGCCAAAGACAUUGCCAGAGAGGUGAAGAAACAAACAGUCAAGAAGGUAAAUCAGGCAGUGGACCGGGCACAGGAUGAGUACACUCAGAGGUCCUACAGUCGGUUCCAAGACGAGGACGAUGAUGACGACUACUACCCACCAGGAGAAACCUACAAUGGGGAGGCCAAUGAUGAUGAAGGCUCGAGUGAGGCCACCGAGGGUCAUGAUGAAGACGAUGAAAUCUAUGAAGGGGAGUAUCAGGGCAUCCCCAGUAUGAACCAAGGAAAAGACAGCAUAGUAUCAGUGGGGCAACCCAAGGGUGACGAGUUCAAGGACCGACGGGAGUUGGAGUCAGAGAGGAGAGCUGAUGAGGAGGAGCUGGCCCAGCAGUAUGAGCUGAUAAUCCAAGAGUGUGGUCAUGGUCGUUUCCAGUGGGCCCUUUUCUUUGUCCUGGGCAUGGCCCUUAUGGCAGAUGGUGUGGAGGUGUUUGUCGUUGGCUUCGUGUUACCCAGUGCCGAGACAGACUUGUGCAUACCAAAUUCAGGAUCUGGAUGGCUAGGCAGCAUAGUGUACCUCGGGAUGAUGGUGGGGGCAUUCUUCUGGGGAGGACUGGCAGACAAAGUGGGAAGGAGACAGUCCCUUCUGAUUUGCAUGUCUGUCAACGGAUUUUUUGCCUUCCUUUCUUCAUUUGUCCAAGGUUAUGGCUUCUUUCUCUUCUGUCGCUUACUUUCUGGAUUCGGGAUUGGAGGAGCCAUUCCCACCGUAUUCUCUUACUUUGCUGAAGUGCUGGCCCGGGAGAAGCGGGGUGAGCAUCUAAGCUGGCUGUGCAUGUUCUGGAUGAUCGGCGGCAUCUACGCCUCUGCCAUGGCCUGGGCCAUCAUCCCACACUACGGGUGGAGCUUCAGCAUGGGGUCGGCCUACCAGUUUCACAGCUGGCGUGUGUUCGUCAUCGUCUGCGCACUCCCCUGUGUCUCCUCCGUCGUGGCCCUCACGUUCAUGCCUGAAAGUCCACGGUUCCUGCUGGAGGUUGGCAAACAUGACGAAGCUUGGAUGAUUCUGAAGCUAAUUCAUGACACCAACAUGAGAGCACGGGGCCAGCCUGAGAAGGUGUUUACGGUAAAUAAAAUCAAAACCCCGAAACAAAUAGAUGAGCUGAUUGAAAUUGAGAGUGACACAGGAACAUGGUACAGGAGAUGUUUUGUUCGGAUCCGCACAGAACUGUACGGCAUUUGGUUGACUUUUAUGAGAUGUUUCAACUACCCAGUGAGGGAAAAUACAAUAAAGCUUACAAUUGUUUGGUUCACCCUGUCUUUUGGGUACUAUGGAUUAUCUGUUUGGUUCCCUGAUGUCAUUAAACAUCUUCAGUCUGAUGAAUAUGCAUUGCUAACUAGAAAAGUGCAGAGAGAUAAAUAUGCAAAUUUCAGUAUUAACUUUACAAUGGAAAAUCAGAUUCAUACAGGAAUGGAAUACGACAAUGGCAGGUUCCUCGGGGUCAAGUUCAAAUCUGUAACUUUCAAAGAUUCAGUUUUUAAGUCCUGCACCUUUGAGGAUGUGACUUCACUCAACACCUACUUCAAGAACUGCACAUUUAUUGAUACUGUCUUUGACAACACAGAUUUUGAGCCAUAUAAAUUUAUUGACAGUGAAUUCCAAAACUGCUCGUUUUUUCAUAAUAAGACGGGUUGCCAGAUUACCUUUGAUGAUGACUACAGUGCCUACUGGAUUUAUUUUGUCAACUUCCUGGGAACGUUGGCAGUGUUGCCAGGGAACAUCGUGUCUGCUCUCCUGAUGGACAGAAUCGGGCGCUUAACUAUGCUGGGUGGCUCUAUGGUGCUUUCGGGGAUCAGCUGUUUCUUCCUUUGGUUUGGCACCAGCGAAUCCAUGAUGAUAGGCAUGUUGUGUCUGUACAAUGGAUUGACCAUCUCGGCCUGGAACUCUCUUGAUGUGGUCACUGUGGAACUCUACCCCACAGACCGGAGGGCAACAGGCUUUGGCUUUUUGAACGCGCUGUGCAAAGCAGCUGCUGUCCUGGGCAACUUAAUAUUCGGCUCCCUGGUGGGCAUCACCAAAGCCAUCCCCAUCCUGCUGGCCUCUACUGUGCUCGUGUGUGGAGGACUCGUGGGGCUGCGCUUGCCUGACACACGAACCCAGGUUCUGAUGUAACGGAAACAAAGCCAUCCUUCGCGCGUUCCCUCCUCCAGCCGUGGGUCGGUGCUGACUGACUCAAGGCUUCAGAUGUUCCGUCCAUAGAAAGGUGGUUGAGUACCAGAACACAAACUCUCGCUGUGACCUAACGUUUAGAUGCAUAUCAUCUUGCCCCUUAAAUGUGAUUUUGCACAGAUUUUUUUCCCAAGCGUUGUUACCUUUCCUGUGAUGCUACUGCCUACCCCCCCAAAUCUGUGGAAGCAUUUCUAAAAUGUCCUAGUCGGCUGGGCUCCCCCGGGUUCUGCUCACUGAGGGUUUAGAGGCCGAGGACUGUGCUGGUAUAAGAAAUAGAGCCUGGUCCCAAUUCGACAUUAACAGGAAACGUAAGUUGGCAUAUUAUUGCAUUUGUGCUGAGGAGAGAGAUUCUUUUUUUUUUUAACUGAGUGAUAUUUCCUGUUUACUUAGAAAAAGACACCCAGCAAUUCUCGCUGUUACAGCAGGGCCUUUCAAAGAAAACCAUGUGGUACCAAACAGGGCUGGGUGCGGCUCUUUCGAACAAGACAAUUAAGGUGACUCUGCUGACAAGAAAAAUAGAGGGUCUGUGGUUAGUAGCAAAAAUCUGAGUGAGCAGCGCAAGUGAGAGUUCUGUCAGAAAGCCUAAUCGCACUUCUGAAAGAGGACCAUAGACGUGUCUGUGAUUGUGGCACAGGGUUCAGAAUGCCUGAAAUCACAGGCCAGAGAGAGAUCUUUGGCCUCCUUUUCCCACCUUUCCCCUGCAGCCGCCAUUGGUCUGGCCCGAGAGCAGGUUCAAGGAAAGAAAGCCACUUCUUACGGGCUGUGUCUGCCUGCCUGCUUCUGCCUUUCGUCCAAGUCAUCCUCCGUCUAGAGAUAGGCAGUGGUUGUCCAAGUUGUUGUAAUUUGCAAAUUAGGAAGACACUAAUAUCUAAAGCCUUUUGGAAAAGCAAAAUUGUACUUUCUGGUACCAUUUUCCUAAGGGACAGUCCCACCCCACCCUGAGCUUCCCCACUCCCUGCCUGCUCAUUGGCUGCACUGGAGUGGGUCCCCCAGCUCCCCAGGACUGACACACUGGCUCCUGGCUCUAGAACCACCGCCUGCCUGCAUUCCUGAGAGGCCCGCUCACAGGCAGCCAGGGACACUGUCUCCUGGUGGCUGUUGGGCUGCUCAUUUUACCUCUGGAAUCUGCCUGGGCUUGGAAGAGCGAGGUCAGCAGGACAUUCCCACGGGCCAGCUGUCAGCUUCCUGACCUUCUCUCCUGUUGGGCUGCCCCUCCCCCAAGCUCACCCUUUUUACACAUCUUCUUUGAAAUCUGAAUCCUCCUCGUAGACUUGCAGUGAUGACCAGCAGCCAGAAAUAAAUUCCAUGUUUAAACAAUAUUCCUUUUUAAACUCUCUGUGUCUUGCUAGAGUGCUGUCCUUGUUCCUGAUUAUAGGCAUUUCCAGCAGGGCCACCACCCUGGGGCCUCCAGGAAGGGAAAGCUUUUGUUUCAGCUGCCCAUUACAUUCAGAGAUGCCCUAACUCCCCAGAGGCCCCUCUGCCUCCCCCUCCCCUUCCUAAUGAUCCCUCCUAAAACUCAGAUUCAGGGAAAGGCUUCUUUCAUUAACAUAAACCAUUAACAGAGUCCCCCUCCAAGUGAUUCUGGUCUUAGAGGGGACAGCCUAGUGUUGGGGAGUGGCAGAAAGAGAGUGGUUCCCUGGGGAGGAGGGCUCAGGACCAGAUCAUCAGGAAAACCCAGCCCCAAAACUGCAAAGGGGGCAGGAAGAAGGGAAAUCAAUAAAGACUAGACAAGAUGGAUGUGAGUGAUACCAACAGAGCAGGGAAAGAAAUAGAAUUUACUCUCUCUCCUGCCUCCUGUUGUAGUAUUGGAGAACAACCACAGCAAACAACCCGAGAACGUGCCCUGUGUGUUCCUCUUCUUCCACAUAGACCCAUUUCUCAAUUAUCUACCCCUUGAUUUGCCCUCUUAAAAAAACCACAUAUUUGGAUAUUUGAAGUCUUAGUUGAGCACAGCAUGUGCAGCAAUAACUUCAAAAGUAAGGUGUGCGUCUCCAUCAGCUCAUUCAAAUGAAAAAGGAAAUGUGCAUGGUGUCGCUGUCUCUAGUCUGGUACGAUAGUUAACUUUGCAAUCAUUUUGUUUCAGAAUGUUAAUCAUUUCUGUCAUAGGGCCUAGAUACAUAAAAUGUCUCCCGAGCUACAGAGCGCAGUUAUUCAGCAUUUUACUUGAACACUGGGUUGGGUCAACAAAGGAUAAACUAGUAGGAUCCUGCUUCAUGAACCCUGCUGCCAUGUGUCCCCGUCAGGAAGACUAUGCCUGGCUUUCUUGUCUUCUAAUCUAAGCCUCCCAGGUGGCAUAAGAGGGACCUAUUCUAAUCUCCUGGACAGUCUAUGGUCACAAACCUUCUUGGUCACCACCUUUUCCAAUUUCUGUGCUCCUUUCUCUGCCCCCCUCACAUUGGUUCUCACUUUGAUUUUCUAUGCACGAGCUCAAAUUGUUUCCAAAGUAUGUGGCAUGGCCUGUCUGGCUUGUUCUGAGUUCAGCUGGCAAUUAAGAUAUAACAGAGAUUAAACAGAAGCUCUCAUUCUACCAGGAGUAGCCCCUGGCACCCGGAUGUGCAGCUGGCAUCUCAUUUCGUCCACAGUAAAAGAAAAAUCAAAGUGUGUGUGAAAAAUGAAAGCCUAACAAAAAGCCAAAACCACUUGAUCCUAUACUUCUAAUUUCUUUUCUAUCUAAAAUUUCUCCAUAGCAAUUUGGAAUCAACCCAGAAUUGGUCCCCAACCCUAUUAUGGUCACAGGAUCUUUUCAACAGGAAAAACAAAACACAGCUGCUCCAAAUGAUGAAUUUUGAAUCCCAUUACACUCUGGGCAUUAGGUCCUAAGACACCCAACUGUCAUUCAGUCCAGCUGCCUGAGUCAUCUCACACCUGGGGUACUGACCUGGGACACGAGAGAUGGGUCCUAGCCUAUGCCCACCACUCACCAAUAGCAAGGCCCGAGUUUUGCCAGGGAGAAUGAAAGUCUUUGGCCAUCUCUGGUCCUUGGCUCCCCUGCCCACAGAAUAAAGGAUUGGGAUUAGUUUGCUCUCCACGGUGCUAGAGAAUCAUCUGAAAGUAGAUUCGACUUACCAUCUGCCUUUUUUAAAAAAAAAAAAUUACUUCAUUUUAUUUAUUCAUUUAUUUUAA